AUGGCGGCCGCUGGGUCCGGAGGAGCGGGCGGCCCGGGACCAGGCCCGCGAGGCCGCUGGGGCGGCUGCCUGUGGGUGCGAGGCGUCCUGCUCGUGCUGGGCGGGCUCCCGGCCGGCGCCGCGGCUGCUCCCGUCUCCCUGGGCACUGCGCCUCCGUGUCGGCAUCACGUCCUUUCGGACACUGAGGUCAUACAUAAGGUUCAUCUUAAGACAAAUCAUGUCACAAAGAGAGACGCUGAUGGGCAGUUACGAAUCAAGACCAUCUAUGAUCAGAGCAUCGAAGAGUUGCUCCCUGAGAAAAGAUAUCUUGUAAAGAACAAACUUUUCCCACAAGCUAUUUCCUAUUUAGAGAAGACAUUUCAGGUUCGAAGACCUGCCGGCAGGAUCUUACUUAGCAGACAAUGUGCGACAAACCAGUACCUACGGAAAGAAAACGAUCCACACAGAUACUGUACUGGAGAGUGUGCAGUGCAUACCAAGUGUGGGCCUGUUAUCGUGCCCCAGGAGCACCUCCAGCAAUGCAGAGUCUGCAGAGAGGGUAAGUGGCCAUGUGGAGCAGUGGGUAUGCUCGACCCUGAGGGCGUGCAGGAUGCAGACUUCGUUCUUUACGUUGGCGCUCUGGCCACUGAGAGAUGCAGCCAUGAAAACAUCAUCUCUUAUGCAGCCUAUUGUCAGCAGGAGGCAAAAAUGGACAGGCCCAUAGCAGGAUAUGCUAACCUGUGUCCAAAUAUGAUCUCCACCCAGCCACAAGAGUUUGUCGGGAUGCUCUCCACAGUGAAGCAUGAGAUCAUCCAUGCCCUGGGCUUCUCGGCUGGUCUUUUUGCAUUCUACCAUGAUCAAGAUGGAAACCCCCUGACUGCAAGGUCUGCAGAUGGCCUCCCGCCCUUCAACUAUAGUCUUGGCUUGUAUCAGUGGAGUGAUAAAGUGGUUCGGAAAGUGGAGAGAUUGUGGAAUGUUCGAGAUAACAAGGUAGUUCGCCACACUGUGUAUCUCCUAGUAACACCGCGUGUUGUCGAAGAAGCUCGGAAACAUUUUAACUGUCCAGUCCUAGAGGGGAUGGAGCUUGAAAACCAAGGCGGGAUGGGCACAGAGCUCAACCACUGGGAGAAGCGCCUGCUAGAGAAUGAAGCAAUGACUGGUUCUCAUACCCAGAACAGAGUCCUGUCUCGAAUCACUCUGGCAUUAAUGGAGGACACUGGCUGGUACAAAGCAAAUUACAGCAUGGCAGAGAAACUCGACUGGGGCCGAGGAAUGGGCUGUGAAUUUGUCAGGAAGAGCUGCAAAUUCUGGAUUGAUCAGCACAGGCAAAAGAGGCAGGUGCCAAGCCCAUACUGUGACACGCUCAGGAGUAACCCGCUGCAGUUGACUUGCAGACAGGACCAGAGAGCCGUUGCUGUGUGUAACCUGCAGAGGUUUCCUAACCCUUUACCACCCGAGUACCAGUACUUUGAUGAGCUCAGUGGGAUAUCCGCCGAGGAUUUGCCUUACUAUGGUGGGUCAGUAGAAAUCGCUGACUAUUGUCCUUUCAGUCAGGAAUUCAGCUGGCAUCUAAGUGGCGAAUACCAGCGAAGCUCCGACUGUAGAAUACUGGAAAACCAACCAGAGCUGUUUAAGAACUAUGGGGCAGAGCAGUAUGGGCCACACUCAGUCUGUCUGCUACAGAAGUCAGCGUUCAUCAUGGAGCAGUGUGAGAGGAAACUCAGCUACCCAGACUGGGGGAGCGGGUGCUACCAGGUUUCUUGUUCUCCUCAAGGUCUAAAGGUUUGGGUUCAAGACACUUCAUACCUGUGUAGCCGGGCGGGUCAGGUCCUCCCAGUCCGAAUUCAGAUGAACGGCUGGAUUCACAAUGGAAACCUGCUGUGCCCCUCCUGCUGGGACUUCUGUGAGCAGUGUCCACCAGAAACAGACCCUCCAGCUGCCAACCUGACUCGAGCCCUUCCUCUGGAUCUCUGCUCCUGUUCUUCUAGCCUGGUGGUCACGCUUUGGCUCCUCCUCGGCAAUCUGUUCCCUCUGCUGGCCGGGUUCCUUCUGUGUGUGUGGCACUAGGAGUGGAAAAGUGAACUCUCAAGACGACAGUUUUGUCAUGUUCCCAUGAACAAAGCACAGGACCUGGGUGAGCGCCAGCCCAGGCAGGUGAUACAGCCGGCAGAUGUGCCAUUCCAACUCUGGCUUGGAGGUGCUGUCCACAGUAGGACUGUGAAGAGUGGGUCACCCAGUGUGACUGCUCCGCGACAAACACUCCUUACCAGCCACAUAGCCACCUCAGAGUUGUGGAGAGGAACUGCCCAAGGCUCCUGAGUUCCUGGAUAUGCAGUCUCCUGACAGUUCUUCUUUAAUGCCAAGUGGAUGGUGGGAUUGUUCCAGUCACAUACCUCAGCGUUUGCAUUCAUGAGCAUCAAGGUCACUCAGAGCAGCUGACGGCCCAGUCCUCCAAAGUACAAAACUGGUCAUCGGAUUUCAGAUUCCUCACCACCACUGCAUCUGUUUAAAUGAGCACCUGGAUACGACACCCUCCCUCGAAUCAAUGAUACCCUCAGAUCGAUGAUACCCUCAGAUCAUCUCUCCUUGUCCGUCCGUUCUGCUAAAGCGUCUGACUUGACUGUGUUUGCCUU